AUCUUCUAAGUUGUCUGGUUAGAAUCUCUGUGAUAAAUAAAUAGUGGAAAAGGUCAAAGAUAACAGGUAUAAAUGUAAACAUUUGACCUCUUUUCAGUUUUAAAUAGUUCAUUUCUUCUGUUAUACAAUGAUAUUUGUGUUACUCUGGGGACUGUGAAAACUCCACCACUUCUUCUUGAUGACAUUGGAGCUUUUGUCCUGCAUAUCUUGAAAGGGUUAAAACACAUUUAAAGAGUAAAUCUGAGGUAGAUUCAAACAAUGUUCCCAUAAAUAUUGAGUCAGUUUCAGGUUGGUCCUGUUGCAGAGGAAAGGGUGUUUAUCUUUAAACCUGCUCCUCAGGGUCUGCUGCUUGUUUUCGUACCAGUAAAGUGAACAAUUUAUGUUCUCAUUUUGUCUACUCUAAUUUGUUCUCAUUUAUUUUGGUGACUUCUACACAGCUCAGAUGAGAGCUGUGCAAAUCCUCUAAAUGGAUACGUACAGCUCCAUGGUUGAGUUUUAACACAAUGAGCUCCUGUCCAUCUACCUGAAGCUGAAGAUGUUGCAACUUGUCCCAGGAAGGCAGAGGGAGACAAAUAUUCAAUUACACAUGCAGUGAUUGUGAAAAGUAAUGACAAAUACAGCGUGCAGGGAUGGAGUAACCCUGACAGUCCACAGAGAGAUGAAUCACAGGUUUGGUUUUCACCUGUGUCCUACAAAGCCAGUCCUGCCUGUGUUUAGGGUCAUGUGAUCAGGGAAAGGAGGGGGAGAGGACUGGAGAGGAAGAGUAGAAAGACAAGGUGAGACCACCUCCACCACUUAAAUCUUACCUUUACUCCUCAGGCAACACCAAGAACCUGGGCCUGGCUUAAAUAAACAACUCAAUACAAGCAGUGGGAACAAGAACUUUUCACUCUCUGCUCUUUUUUCAGACUCUGGAUGUUUUGAUGCAUUCAGAAAAUCCAGCAACAUCCUUUUGAGAGUCAACCUGACCCUCUCCAGUGGACAGACACUUCAUUCUGGACUCCUAUGAAGACUCUUUGGACAUGUUUGGCCCAAGGCAGCUGGUAUCUACUCUCCUGCCUGCAGUUUUCCAUUCACCUUCAGCUCACUUUUUCCCUGCAUUCCCAACCAGAUUGGGCUCUCAACCUCAGAUCCUGAUCCCUGGACCCUUUAUCAGCUAUGAAUCCCUGAGGACUUAUCUGCAGCCUGAGCCGUGCAAGGAGGCUCUUCUGCUGGCCACACACUCAGUUGGGAUUGGGCCACUCACAGAGGGCAUAGGUGAGUACAAAAUCUCAGCCACUGUUGUAAAAAUAAUGGGCUGAUUCUUAAAACUGGAUUCUGUGCGCCAAACUGGCACUGCAGAACUACAGUCUUUUGGAUCAUCAGUCAGCGCCAUCUGAUUCCAGUGUAAAUGUUUACAAAAGAUUAGCUAACAGCUCGUAACUAACAAUCAAUUAUCAAGCAGUGUUAAAGUGGGCCUAAUGAUCGCUGCGUUAAUUAUCCAAUCUAGAGCCAUUAGUUGGUUGUCAGCCGUUGGCGAUUGUGUAAUUGGUGCUUGCGCGGUGCUUUCCAGAUGAACAGAGGCCAGUGAAGCAGCGUCGUGCGCGGGCCAACUACAGCAGCUGGCAGCUGGAGGAGCUGGAGAAGGCCUUUGAGACCACCCACUACCCAGACAUCUUCAUGAGGGAAGCCCUGGCUGUCAGACUGGACCUCAUCGAGGCCAGAGUGCAGGUAACUGGCACGCAAUGUCAACUCUGCACUCAUUCAACUUGUUUUGAUAUUACUGUGUAAUUUUCAAAUUAGACACCUCUUCUUCUGUUGCAUGCCCAACACCCCCAGCUUUGGUUGACAAACAAUUACUGAAUUUAAAGGUGAAGCUAAGCCUUGCAAAAUGCCUAAUUUUGGAAGAUUGCAUAGAUUUUUAAUUUUUUCAUAGAAGUCUAAAGCUAUUUUAUGUUACUACUAAUUCUGAAUAAUUUAUUUGCUAACACUUAUCUUGACGCCUAUCUCUAUAACGCAUUAUAAAUAUAUUUCUAAUACAUUAUAAUGAUGUUAUAGCACUGUAUAACUAUAGUUAUAAAUACUCAUGAAUGAUCAUAAUGCUUUAUAGCAAUAAUCAAAACACAUUAUAAAGCAUUUUAUCAUGAUUUACAAGGUCAGGUAUUUUAAUGUGUUAUAACUGUUGACAACUCACUGACAAUGCCCACAUAGAUAAUGCAAUGCAACUGUUUUAACAAUUAUAACACAUUAUAAUACCUGACCUUGUAUUUCAUAAUAAAAUGCUUUAUAAUGUGUUUUGAUUAUUGCUAUAAAGCAUUAUGAUCAUUUAUGAGUGUUUAUAACUAUAGUUAUACAGUGCUAUAACGUCAUUAUAACGUAUUAGAAAUAUAUUUAUAAUGUGUUAUAGAGAUAGACGUCAAGUGAAGUGUUACCCUUUAUUUAUAUCCAGGUUUGGUUUCAAAACCGCCGCGCCAAAAUGAGACGACAGCUAAAACUCCAGGGCCAGCUAGCGGGACCUUAUGCAAACAGAGACAUUGAUGAAACAUCUGACAAAGCCGGCAGAAAUCUUAAACAGCAGACAGAAAAGUCCGACAGGGAGCACUGGGAGAGACAACAGGAAGAGGACAACAAUCCAUGGACAAAAGCUGUGCACACUGCACUGGGUGUGUGCGUGCAGCCCGUGACCCAGAGGUCAGGGAAAAGGGAGAGACCAGAGGGGCCGAGCUCAGAGGGGCUGAGCUCAGAGGAGCUCCGCUUCAGCAGCAUCGCCAAGCUAAGGGCAAAAGCCCGAGAGCACGAAGCUGAGAUCCACAGCACUGUGAACACGACAGGGGGUGACGCACAAACACAGGAAGCUGAUGCCAUGCAUGAUGAUUGAUCAUUUUACAGUCUUCCUGUUUGUUUGAUCAAUCGUAGCCAAGAAACAGUCAUGCUAAAUCCUUUCCAAACACUUUGUUUUUUGUUUUUGUAUAAAAUGUGAUGUAUUUUUUCUGAAAGUAUGAACAAGAUUUCAUUCCUCUUUAAAAAUUCUCUCAAUGUGAUUUUCUCCACCACUAUCAAAGAGUUUUCUACAGUUUACUGGAGUUUGUUUAAUAUAAUCCAACACAGUUUUGUCUAUUUGGAUAACAAUCUAUCAAAUUGCAAGUUUUUGCGCCCCACUCUUAGUCAAAGUCAUGCACAUUAUUUCAUAUUGUUUUAUACUCUUAAAACUGUUAAAAAUACUGAUUAUAAGGGAGACAUGCUGUAAACUGAGUCUAAUACAAAUCACAGUGACAAAUGAGGAAAGCUGUCUCCUCAUCUUCUCAGUCCAUCAGGGCUGAAACUGAAUACAGUGAAAACAUUUCCUGAUGAUUUCACCAAUGACAGCUCAUCCCUGACCUCUGAGGUUAAAAAAGAUUUGCGCAUGCAGCCACACGUCCUCACAGGAACAAUGGGAGGCCAACAAUGGGAGCUGUUGGCUGAAAUCAUGAAAAGUUUGUUCAUUUCUCUAUUUUUUAAACUAAUACAUACAAACACUUUAACGAACAUUCAGAAGAUGAAAAGAAUGAUAAUACCAUGAAAAAAAACAUUGUUUAAAAUAGCUCCUGUACACAAAUGACAAAGUGACAUGGUGAAACAAUAAUAAAAUAAGGUGGUUUUGUAAAAGUUAUUUCUAGAAAUUAAAAACUACAAACUUGUAAAAGCUGAUCAAAAUAUUAAACUUGAGAGUCUGAAAGGGUUAACGCUCCUUUAUUUAGCUUUAAGUGCAGCCCACUGAUUUAAACAGUAUAUUAACUCAGUGAAAAAGAAAACCAUCACAGCAAGAAGAUUUGAUAAAAUCAUCAAAUGUAUCAUUUUAAAAUGUUUUUUUUUUGGAGCAGUUUUGCCCCUUCCAAUCAUCAGAUAAAAUCAGCACAAUAGAAACUUUUAUAAAGGAAUCUAAUUAACUUUAAUUAUUUUUUUAAUUGUUAAAAAAUGUUUGUUUUAAAUCAAUCAGAUUAAUAAUUCAAGUUAAAGCCCAGAGUUUUAGAAAAGUACACCUGCACUUAAAUGUUUCUAUUAUUUUCAAUCUGGAGCACUUCCUAUGUGUUUGCUGUCCUGAGUGACAGUCUUUUAACACUGUGGUGUGACACUGCCACCUUCUGGGCAUGAAGACAUCUUUGACCAGAGCAGGUGAGAGAAAAGACAACUCACAUGCUUCUUUCUGCUCAGCUGUGCUCACACGUUAUAUAUUUAUACUGUUAGUGAAUCUCAUAGGCGUGUUAGUUUGUUGACGUACUUGGAGACCCUGAAGUUGUGACAAUUAAUAAUUAAUGUCUCACCGUGAAUGAGGUCAAUGUUGGUGGCUCACGUUUCAAAGACUUGAGCUCAGCUCUUGUCUGCAGGUUUGAACACCCUUCAAUGACAUCUUUGAGUCCAACUUUGACCAUCUUUAUUAAAUGGGUCAGAAAAGAAGAUUUUGUAUCAUUUUGUUUCAAAUAUGAUGAUUAAUAAUUAAUUUAUCAUGCAAAGGUUUUACUAUGUUAUGUGACAUUUUUCCUUAAAAUUUUGGGACGCUGUAUGUGCUCAUUAAGAGGGAAUUUAUAUAUGACAAUAGUUGCCCUCAAUUAGGCCCCAAUUAGGCCCCACACAAAUCUGAAUGAGGGGGGAAAAUGCAUGUCAUAGAUCCUCUUCCUGGUUCUCAUGCUGCACAUUGACCUGGAUGUGCUGGACGAGAUAGCGAGCCUGGUGUUUAAUUACUGUAGAAAUCCCACAGCAUAGUUCUCCUUUACUGACAGCCAGAAGAUUAAUUUAGUGGAUUAUAUUAAAUGAAAUAUUAUUGUAGAUGCCCACAUCAGCUUUAUGACGACUGAGCUUUCUGUCCUGAGAGGAGAAUUCAACAGAAAUACAGAAGUGCUGCAGCAUUUACAGCCACUGAAAAGAGAAAUCAAAAUAUAUAAAAUGUGGUUUAAAAUUUUGCCAUAAUUCUUGUUAUGGAUACUAUAAUCUUCAUUUUAGGCUCUAAACAGGAGGAUCGUCAAUAUUAGGAAAGUUUUCAGAAGCGAAACCUCUGACGGUUCAUUCAUAAACGUUAAACAGUAAUAUGUCAUAGUUAUUAUUCAAUAGUUAUUUAUAUUAUUACAUUUGUAUGUAUGAAGACACAAAGAAAUCUUCUAAGUCUUUUUUUAAGUAUUCAAAAAGAUGUUCAUCUAAAGUCACAGAAAAAAUAUGAACAAUGAUAAACAAACAUAAGAAAAUGUUGUUCAUUUUAAUGAUCACCCCUGGUAGCCAAAAUAGGAUUGGGGGGGGCAAUAUGUCAAGAGGGCUUGUGCCACCCCUGGUCAUCCAUUUGGACUCACCCCUGCGAUGCAGAAUGGGGGGGGAUCCUGCGUUUACAUCAGUGUAGAAUCAAACCUUUAUGUAGUUUGAAUAAUAUUAUUAUUGCCCCACCAUAAUUUUAUAGUAUUUUAAAUAUUACCAGCCUACAUAAGACAGUGUUUAUUGUCUCUCUAGGUUGUUUCAUUUCAGGUCUAUGUUGCUCCAGGUCUCUGUCAGACCUUUGUACUUUUAUAAUUGUCAG